GGGAUGGAGUUUUGGGCCGGGCGUGGGCGAUAUGGCUGUUGGGCCGCGGUUGAGCAGUCGGAAGAGCAGUAGUAGUGCGUCGUCGGUGAGCGGGGGGAGGACGCCGAACGAUGAUGUUGCGAGUGUCACCAGCUCGACGUCCUCGUCCUCGCGCAGGACAUACACCUCGACGGCCUCAUCCCAACAACACCCGCUCCCGCCCCGGCCGGACUGGGCAGUCGGCCUCAAACCGAGCCCAACGCUCCAUCCACCACCUCCUCAGCGCUCCGGCCCCGCAUCUCAGCAUCAACAACAACAACUGCAACCUAGCGACUUUCCGCCCUUAGGAGCGCGAACGCUAUCGAACGGGCCGGGCGAGUUUCCGCCUCUGGGAGCUCAAAGAGGAGGUGUGAUUGUAGGAGGUGGAGGUGGGGGCGGUGGGGGAGGAGGAGGGGCCUGGGGACGCGGUGUGAGCUACGCGCAAGCGAGCGCGGCGCCCAGGCCACAGAUGCAGCCUCCGCACGGCGGUCAACCGCAGUCGCCGCAACAGGCGCAGAGCCAGAUGCAGCAGAUGGCGGACGCCGUCGCGCGGUUGAUGAUCAAUGGCGACUCGGAGCCGGGGCAGGCGCAGGGCGGGGUGGACGAUGGGCAGGCGCGGUAG